CCCUACACUGUCCCUGCAGAGCUGGCAGAGCACCUGGACUUUGUGGGUGGGCUGCACCGGUUCCCUGCGGAGCGCACGGCGGUCAGCAGAGCCGCUGAGGCCACGAAGGACGUGGGGGCAGCGAGAGCGAUGUUCCACCUGGGCGUGACGCCAUCCGUGCUGCGCCAGAGGUACAACCUGACGGCGAGGGACGUGGGGGUCUUGCCCAACAACAGCCAGGCCUGUGCACAGUUCCUGGAGCAGUACUUCCACCAGGCUGACCUGGCUGAGUUCAUGCAGCUCUUUGGCAGCAGCUUCGCCCACCGCACGCAGGUGGACAAGGUGGUCGGUCACCAGGGCCAUGGCAAGGCUGGGCUGGAGGCCAGUCUGGAUGUGGAGUACAUCAUGAGCACUGGUGCCAACGUCUCCACCUGGGUCUUCAGCAACUCAGGGCGGCACGAGAGCCAGGAGCCCUUCCUGGCCUGGCUGCUGCUGCUCAGCAACAUGUCAGCACUGCCCUGGGUGCACUCGGUCAGCUAUGGGGAUGACGAGGACAGCCUGUCACUGGCCUACAUGGAGCGCGUCAACGCUGAGUUCAUGAAGGCAGCUGCGCGUGGCCUCACCAUUCUCUUCGCGUCAGGUGAUGAUGGUGCUGGGUGCCGCCACGUGCACAGUGGGAACCACACAUUCCGGCCCAGCUUCCCAGCAUCCAGCUACUACAACAUUGGUGGCCGCGCGUCCCCCUACCUGGCUGCGCUCUCCGACAACUACUGGGUGGUGACGAACCGCAUCCCCCUGCCCUGGGUGUCAGGCACCUCGGCCUCCACACCAGUGGUGGCAGGCAUGCUGGCACUCAUCAACGACCGGCGGCUGCAGCGGGGCCUAGCGCCUCUUGGCUUC